GGAGCGAGCGGUCCCUGCACCUUUAAGAGGCUGUCUGCCUGUAGCUGAAGGUCACUAAAUACAAAGGCUCUUAGCGCUGCGGUCCAAUAUAGCGCAUGCGCCCUGCCCGAGGACUGACAGAGAGACUGCAAUAUGGCGAGAAUGCCUGGCAGCGGAGAUUGCUAUACCGACACAGAGGGGGCUGAAAAUGAGCAGAUGUGCUACCUGGAGAGGAGCGACGAGGAGGAGGAUGAGAUUCAAGAAAUACAGAUAACGGGGGAGGAGGAGGAUGAGUAUGACCAGGAUAUCAGCCUGGAGUGGGAGGCGGGGAGCGAGAGUUGCUCCGCGGUUGAAAGGGAAACGGUCCUUAUGCGGAGUACGGACCAGGGCAGCGAGCUGGACUCGGAGGCAGAUCCCUUUCACAUCGCCGUGCUGGACUCGGACCUGGAGGGGGACUUGCAGCGCUCGGACCGGUCCAGGCUGAGCGAGAACACUCGCUUAGCCACCAGGUAUGCGGUCAGGAUAUUCCGGGAAUACCUGAGCGAGAAAUCCCAAAGUCCCGACUUUGAGACCAUGGACAAGGAGGCGCUGUGCAAGGUGCUCAGGUCUUUCUAUGCAGAGGCGCGCUCAAAAAGUGGGCAGCUGUACAGCAAGUCCUCUCUCAUCAGCAUUAGGAGCUCGCUGAACAGGUACCUGAAUGAGCCGCCUUACUGUCGCACUUUAGAUCUGACCAAGGACCCGGAGCUGCGCAGUGCCAACCUGACGCUGGCAGCUGUGAUCAGAAAGUUGGAGGAACAAGGUGCAGGUCCCGUCGUGCAGAAACAAGCCAUCACCCGGGCCGACCUGAGAAAACUGUACACUUCCAGCGUGUUCAACACAAACACGCCUUUCGGCUUGCUCAACAAAGUCUGGUUCGAGACCUGCAUGUAUUUCUGCACAAGGGGGAGGGAGAACCAGCGAGAGCUGGAGGAGGACUCCUUCGGGCUGGCGAUCGACGAAGAUGGGAGAAAGUUUAUCUACUUCAAGGCGCUGGGGCCGUACCACAAGUCCCGGUCCGCUUCCUGGAGCAAAAAAAGGACAGACACCGACGAGGACAACCUGCCCCGCAUGUAUGAAACGGGCACGGAGUUCUGCCCGUACGCCAGUUUUGUGAAAUACAUCUCCAAAAGGAAUCCGCUGUGUAAGGCGUUUUUUCAGAGACCCAGGGAUCACUGCAGCGAGGGCGACAUGACCUGGUACGAAAACAAAGCGAUCGGUAAAAACUUGCUGGGCACCCGAAUGCAGAUGCUGUCCAGGGCUGCCAAGCUGUCCAAGACCUACACCAACCACUGCAUCGGGGCCGUCUCUGUCGCAACUCUGAACAGCAUAGCGGGCAUCGGGUCAAAGUUAGCGCCUCGCCACAUCGCUCCGGAAACGGUCCACGUCGCCCAGCAUCACUUCCAACUGGUUGUGCCCUUUAUGCAUCAGGUCGAAGACUGCAUCGAAAGUAAACCCCCGAACUCCAGCAAACGACCGCGGCCGAUCUACCCCGCGGAAGGGACUGGACGGUCUUCCCCUAAAAAGCUGUGCGUGCGGUCAGCGGAGCUCGGCGACUCCCCGGUCCUGAUCGCCGUGAGCGCAGACCCGCCGCCCAUCGCUGCGCCCGAGUUGAACGGGCAGGUAGCCGCCCCCUCGCCAGCGAUUGUACUGCCCGCGCAGGAUAACAGACCCAAUAUGUCCAGGCCCAUGAUAACUAGGUCACCUGCAUCUCCUUUGAGCAACCAGGGUAUUCCAACUCCUGCGCAACUUACUAAGUCCAACGCACCUGUACACAUCGAUGUGGGAGGCCAUAUGUACACUAGCAGCCUGGCAACACUGACAAAGUACCCAGAGUCAAGAAUUGGACGACUUUUUGAUGGCACAGAGCCCAUCGUCCUGGACAGCCUCAAACAGCACUACUUCAUUGAUAGAGAUGGACACAUGUUCAGAUACAUUUUAAAUUUCCUCAGGACCUCCAAGCUUCUCAUUCCUGAUGACUUUAAAGACUACAGCCUGUUGUACGAGGAGGCGCGGUAUUUCCAGCUACAGCCCAUGCUGGGCGAGCUGGAGCGCUGGCGGCAGGACCGGGAGCUGGGGCGCUUCUCUCGGCCCUGCGAGUGCCUGGUGGUGCGCGUGGCGCCUGACCUGGGAGAGAGGAUCGCGCUGAGCGGGGACAAGGCCCUCAUCGAGGAGGUCUUCCCCGAGAUCGGCGACGUCAUGUGCAACUCGGUGAACGCGGGCUGGAACCACGACUCCACGCAUGUUAUACGCUUCCCGCUGAACGGCUACUGUCACCUCAACUCUGUUCAGGUUCUGGAGCGGCUGCAGCAGAGAGGUUUUGAGAUUGUGGGCUCUUGCGGUGGGGGUGUGGACUCCUCGCAGUUUAGUGAAUACGUCCUUAGGAGGGAAAUCAAGAGGGCGCAGCGCGGACCCUCAGUCAUCCGGAUAAAACAGGAGCCACUGGACUAAAGAUGGAAACAUUAAAAACUCGGAUUCACUGAGCACAAGACAUUUCUGAAGCAGCCAGUAAUGAACAGAAAGCGGACUCCUGUGUAUCAUUUUUUAAUUGCAGACUUUGAAUCCCAUCAACCAACAGCAAGGAACAUUACACAGGCAUUUCUUAACUAGAGACUUGUGAAGAUCAAUUAAUGAAAUUCUGCAUCUUCUUUAGUUUUGUGAUUAAAAGACUCAUCAAGUCCUGCCCUGAUAUUAUAUGAUUUCUCUUUUUUAAAAAGUUUGUUUUAAAACUUUGAAAUGAGUGAAAUUUCCAUUUUAGACUGCCAAGAUACAUUAAACAAGAAAAAGCAUUAAAGUACGACAUUAAUUCAGUCAGUAUGAUUACAAUAAAAAUUAUUCUUUCACUUUUGACGACAUUACAUUGGUAUACAUUGUGUUUCGUAGUCGGCAAAAUUAAGUAUUUUAUACAGAAAACAGAUUAAGGUCUUGGCCCUUUUCAUUUUAAUUAUGUCUGUUUUUUAAAAGCAAUCUCCAAAGGACUUUCUAUUUUUAAGUUAGAUUGAAAUAGAAUUUGAAGUAUAAAAAUGCUCAUUUUUCUUAGUUAAAAAUAGUACAUUUAAAAAUUGAUUUUUUUUUCUGCAGGACUAUAUCAUACACCUAUAGCAGAUGAACCUAUGGAAGUCCUUACCACUGUUAGGAAGUUUCCGUGUUUUAUUUAAUAAACAUUUUGUGCUCUUAUAACUGUUGAUUAGUUAACAGAACGCAUCACUCUCUGCCUGGGAAAUCUAACCCAGCCUAAACUAAAUAGACCUGAAAAUUAAGAAUAGAAACCUAUACUAACCUGCCAUGAAGUGACAGGAUUACAAGUAAUGUGUAUGUACAUGUAUAAUUUGUAUUUACCUUGCAGUUGUGUGGUUUUGGAUUUAAAUUUGUCACUGUUCUGUCAAACCAUCUGACAGUUUACCAACUAUUAGCAGAAUGAACAUAUCUGUAGAGGAACAAAGGAUGCAGUGAAUUAAUAAAGAAAUGUCAGUAAAGAACAGCCGACUGCUAGCUAUUGGGUAUAAUUUUGAUUUUCUUAAUUUCAACAUUAUUAUAUAUAUCACCGCUAACCCUGGGUGCUGACUGAACUACAGUAAUUUAAAUUGUACAUUAUACUGUAGUUGGAUAUAAUUUGCCCCACACUCAAGUCUUAAUGAAAUAAGUAUCCUUAAAGAAAAUGAAAAUAAAGAAUGUAAUACAAAACUAAAUAAAUAUUUA